AUGGAUCUAGCAGACACCAUCCAAGAAAAUAAUCAAGCAUCGAAUCAAAACCGUGCUAAGGCGAUGAUAUUUCUCCGUCAUCACCUUGAUGAGGGUUUGAAAAUGGAAUAUCUCACUGUUAAGGAUCCUCUGGUCGUCCUUCCACAGGCACGCUAUGACUGGAUCCACUUGAGACUUCAAGAUUUUAAAUCUAUCAGUGAGUAUAAAUCUUCCAUGUUUAAAAUUAUCUCACAAUUAAAAUUAUGUGGAGAAAAUAUCACCGACCAUGAUAUGCUGGAGAAAACAUUUUCCACUUUUCCUGCCUCGAGUAUGCUCCUGCAGCAGCAAUACCGAGAAAUGGAAUUUAAAAAAUAUUUCGAAUUAAUUUCACAUCUCUUUGUUGCUGAACAACAUAAUGACUUACUGAUGAAAAACCAUGAAAGUCGACCUACUAUACCAUUUCCUGAAGUAAAUACGGCAAAUUAUCACCAAUCUAGGUGUGAAAAAAGUCGUGGCCCCAGUCGUGAUCAUGGUCGUGGUCGAGGAAGAAAUUUCAAUCAUGGUGAUCGUCUUGCACUAAAUAAUAACCUUCAACACCAGCAGUGUAAAAAGAAGGAUGAAAAACAUGACGUAGUGCAGAAGAAAAAUCCAGACAACAAAUGUUAUCGAUGUGGAGGAAAAGGACAUUGGUCACGUAUCUGUCGUACGCCAAGGCACCUGGUUGAGCUAUAUCAAGCUUCCCUGAAGGAGGUGAAAAAUAACGCAGAAGUCAACUUUAUCUCGGAAGAUACUGUUGAACACAUGCAUCUAGAUGUAGCGGAUUUCUUUGAGAAUCCCGAAGGAAAGAUAGAUCACCUGAUAGGUGAUGAGUCUGUAUUAAUAAUAGGUCAUCCUGGAUCAAUAAUGAUGAGACGAAUCAUUGAAAACUCAAAUGGACAUCCAUUAAAGAACCUGAAGAUUCUUACAAAUGAUGAGUUUUCGUGUGCUGCUUAUUGCCAAGGCAAAUUGAUUACUAGGCCAUCACCAAUGAAGGUUAACAUUGAAUCCCCUCAAUUUUUAGAACGAAUACAUGGGGAUAUUUGUGGACCUAUUCACCCAUCUAGAGGGUCGUUUAGAUAUUUAUGGUCCUAA